AGAUAUGAGUCCGACUGAACUUGGACAACUUGUACGUCACAAUCGCAUGGGUUUAGUAAUUUCUAAAUGCGUGGACCAAUUUCCUCUACUCAAGCUUGAUGCACAGAUUGCUCCAAUUACUCGCAACGUUUUACGCGUAAUUCUCAGUAUUACGCCUGACUUUGUUUGGAAUGAACGAGUUCAUGGUACAGUAGAACCUUGGUGGAUAUUUGUUGAAGAUGUCAAGAAAUCAGAUCUUUAUCACUCAGAGUAUUUCAUACUAAAUAAAAAGCAACUUGGUGAAACACAGAAUAUUUGUUUUGCAAUUCCAAUUCAAGAACCUCUUCCUCCUCAAAUUUUUAUAAAAGUUGUUUCAGAUAGAUGGAUUGGAUCAGAAGUCAUUCAUCCAAUUUCUUUACAGAAUCUUAUAUUACCUGAACAUAACCAUGAGCAUACAGAAUUGCUAAAUCUUCCACCUUUAUCGAUAUCUAACCUUAAUGAUAAAAUUCUUGAAAACAUAUAUGCCCAAAGGUUUUCUUAUUUCAACCCUGUGCAGACACAAGUCUUUGAUAUAUUAUACAAGACACCAAAUAAUGUAUUAAUUGGGGCACCAACAGGUUCCGGUAAAACUGUUACAGCUGAACUCGCUAUGUGGUGGGCAUUUCGAGAAUUUCCGCGGUCUAAAGUCGUUUACAUUGCACCGCUGAAAGCACUUGUUCGAGAACGUGUAGAUGAUUGGCAAAGUAGAUUAACUGGGCCGACGAAAAGAAAGCUUGUAGAGUUGACUGGAGAU